CUGAGGGACGGGAUGGAGGUCAGGCGCCCAGGAGGGGGGAGAGGGUGAAAAAGUUUUCCCACAGAGAAAGUAUCAAGGGUAGGAAUGUAGCCAUCUUACACUGAUGACGUCAUCUGGAGCCAGAGUCUGAGCAGGAGCAGUCGGGGGAAGAAGCCGAGGCCGAUGAGUGAGUCUCAGCUGUCAGUCAUGACCUUACUCUCCUGUUUUGAUAGCUUUUAGAGGCUGUUCACCUCAAAUUACUUUCACUUCAUAUCUGACGAUAAAGUUUAUCUCUGCAUAUCCAAGAAAAACAAAUGUGUGUUUACUCUCUUAAUGUCUUUCCUGGCCCGGCUUGUUUAAUCUAUGUAUAGACUGUAAUACAUGUAGUUUACAGGAGGCUGUUGGUCCUUGGAGAAAUGUCCUAUUGACCCAUUGAUUCUGAGCUCUCUGGAGAUGUGGAAAUGUUAAAUCCACACCAGUUCCACUUCGUCUGCGUCUCUGUAAAUGAUUCACGCUGAUACGAGUUGUCUGUUCCGCGAUCAACAUGUAAACUAUAUAAGAGCUUUUGAGGCUGAACCCCCUCCGGUAGUCGUUAGCUGGCUUUUCCCGUUGAAACCUUCCACUCACUGCUGUCGACAUGGAGAGUCUGCUCGGCGCCGUGGCCUCGCUGGCUCCGUUCUUCUUGGGGUUGUUCCAGCAGGAAGCUGGUGUGGCCUUUACCAGCCGGCCGUACAAAUCUGAGGUGAAUGUGACAAACGGAGAGCGGUUUGGAAACUGGACGUGGCCCGAGAUGUGUCCUGACCAGUUCUUUGCUGUUGGCUUCAGUACCAGGGUGCAGGCCUACCUUUACCCUGGCGACAACACAGCCAUGAACGGCAUCCGCCUCAUCUGCAGCAAAGACGGGAACCGAAGCUUAACUUACUCUGUCGAGUCUCACACUGGCUACUGGGGCAACUGGUCCCUACCUCAGUUCUGCCCCAGUGGCGUGCUCAGCUCUUUCCAGCUCCGCGUGGAGGGCCAUCGGGGCCGGAUGGGUGAUGACAGCACCGCCGUCAACAACAUCAAGUUCCGCUGCAGCAGUGGCCGCCUGUUGAAGGGCACCGGCACGAAAUGGGGGUUGUAUGGCGAAUGGAGCCAGAAUUGUGACGACGGAGGAAUCUGUGGCAUCGAGACCAAGAUGGAGGAAGAACUGUCUGGAGGGGACAACACCGCCCUCAACGACGUGCGCUUCCGUUGCUGUGCCAGAGAGCCCAGCAGUGAUUGACUGGUGAGCAGCUUGGUCCGCCCCUCCUCCGUCAACCUGAAUUAAACAAUGACAAAUAAUAAAGUGCUCAUUUGAA